AUGGCACCUAUUGCUAUCACACCGCCCGUCGAGGAAAUUGAGACCCUCUCACACCUCACAGAACAGGGAAUCUCAGAUGCCCUCAACAAGACUGCCCCAUCACAACUCAAGUCGGCGUCAAUGGUCGACAAUGUCACCUCUACCCCACCAUCAGGGCCGCAAACAAAAGCUGAGCCAGCUGUUGAGACCACUCUCGCUCAAUUGGAUGCCUCCAAGAUCCAAUGCACAUACACAACCGCACCCCGCACAGUACCUGCAGUAGGAUCAGCAGAGAUGGCUUCACAAAAAGUCUGCUCCGACCACAUGAUCCAGGCCCAAUGGAACUCAGAGGAAGGCUGGGCCGCACCAACUCUCCAACCCUACGGCCCUCUCUCCCUCGCCCCCACAGCAUCGUGUCUGCACUACGCAACCGAAUGCUUCGAAGGCAUGAAGCUCUACCGCGGCCACGACGGCAAACUACGCCUGUUCCGCCCCAACCUCAACUGCAACCGCAUGCUCAUGUCCACCAACCGCAUUGCCCUCCCCGCCUUCCCACCCGCAGAACUGCUCAAGCUCAUCAUUAAGCUCUGCGCCACCGACGGCGCGAAAUGGCUCCCCAAAGACCGCCCAGGCCAAUUCCUCUACAUCCGCCCCACGAUGAUCGCAUCCGACCCCGCGCUGGGCGUCGAGCGCCCCAAGGAAGCCCUCCUCUUCGUCAUUCUGUGCUGCUUCGCGCCCAUGGGCAACAUGAACGGCGGCAUCAAGCUGCUCGCCUCGCAAGACGACAUGUGCCGCGCCUGGCCCGGCGGCUUCGGGUACGCCAAAGUCGGCGCAAACUACGGGCCUAGUCUGGUUGCGCAGGGCGAGGCGAGGAAGCAAGGUUACCACCAGAUUCUCUGGCUGUUCGGCGACGAUUGCACGAUUACUGAGGCUGGCGCGAGUAACUUCUUCAUCGUGUGGAGGACCAAGGAGGGCGGGCUGCAGCUUGUUACUGCGGACUUGAACGAGAAGAUUGUCCUGGAUGGCGUGACGCGUCGGUCUAUCCUCGAGCUUGCAAGGGCGAAACUGACCGCUGAACAAGAGGGGCUGGAGAAAUUGGAGAUUGUGGAGCGCAAGUUCAACAUCUUCGAUAUCGUUGAGGCAUCCAAGGAGGGCCGCAUUGUCGAGGCUUUCGCGGCGGGUACCGCGUGGUUUGUGGCGCCUAUCUCACAGAUUCACUUCCGUGGUCAGGAUAUUGAGAUUCCGAUGAAGAAGGGUGAGAUUGGCGAGUAUGCGGAUGCUUUCAGGACGUGGCUCCAGGGCAUCAUGUGGGGAAGUGAUGGUAUGGAGAGCCAUGAGUGGGGACACGUUGUCGAGGAGGCAUAG